GGAAAGAUGGUGAAGGAAACGGGCUACUACGACCUGCUGGGCGUCAAGCCCUGUGCCACCAUGGACGAGAUCAAGCGGGCGUACCGGCGCCUGGCACUCAGAUACCACCCGGACAAGAACCCCAGCGAGGGGGAGCGGUUCAAGCAGAUCUCGCAGGCGUACGAGGUCCUCUCCGACCCCAGCAAGAGGUCCGUCUACGACCGAGGAGGGGAGCGGGCCAUGAAGGAGGGCGGCGCAGCCGGGCGGGGCGGCUUUGGGCCCCCGAUGGACAUCUUUGACCUGUUCUUCGGAGGAGGGGGCCGCACGCAGGGCCCCCGGGUGGAGAGGAGAGGCAAGACGGCCGUCCACCUGCUGACCGUCACCCUGGAGGACCUCUACAACGGAGCCACCCGCAAGCUCUCCCUGCAGAAGAACGUCAUCUGCCGGAGCUGUGCGGGCCGUGGCGGCCGGGAGGGCCUGGACGUCCGAUGUCCCAAGUGCCACGGGACUGGCAUGGAGGUCAUUGUCCACCAGCUGGCGCCCAACAUGGUGCACCACAUCCAGGCCAUGUGCUCGCAGUGCCAGGGCCAAGGAGAAUGGGUGCGGCCCCUCGACCGGUGCCUGGCCUGUAACGGCCGGAAGGUCAUCCGGGAGAAGAAGAUUCUCAACGUCCACCUGGACAAAGGCAUGGCCGACCGGCAGAAGAUCACUUUCCACCAGGAGGGGGACCAGGCCCCCGGAUUUGAGCCCGGAGACAUUGUGAUCGUGCUGGACCAGAAGCCGCACCCGGUCUUCCAGCGCAGCGGCAACGACCUCAUCGUCCGGCGGGAGGUGCCGCUGGUGGACGCCCUGUGUGGCUGCAAGCAGGUCAUCCGCACCCUGGACAACCGGAGGCUCCUGGUUUCUACGCGGCCCGGCUGCGUGAUCAAGCCGGGGGACAUCCGGUGCAUUCCGAACGAGGGCAUGCCCGUCUACCGCAGCCCCGGCCAAAAGGGGAGGCUGGUCAUCCACUUCGAGGUGAAAUUCCCGGAGCCCGGCUGGCUGCCCCUCCACCAGCUGCGCCAGUUCCAGUCCUUCUUCCCCCGGCACGAAGAGGUGAUGGCCACGGAGGACAUGGAGGAGGUGGAGCUGCGGGAGUAUUUCCCCCAGCCGGACUUCUCCGGCCGUCGCUUCCAGAACGACAUCUUCCACGAAGGAGACUUCGAUGACCCCCUGCGCCACAACGUCCAGUGCCAGACCUCGUAGCCCGGCGGACGGAGCACCCCCCCCCGUGUGUGUGACCUUGCGGAAGGGGGGGGGGGAAGCCCAGGAUGCCUUAAGAAGCACAAAAGCCGGUGGAUGUCCAGCCAGAGCGGUCAAGCCCCUCCUUUGGCCAAAGGUCUCCAACACUCUGGAGGCCGGCUGCCUCUGAAAACCCCCCGUUUAGCUUAGGGAGUCGGAGCUGCCCCGAAGCCCCCCCAGGAUCUCGGCCUAGAAAUCACCGUCAGAGCCUCAGCCGGAUGUUUCCCCUCCUGUCCACCUGACAGCCAUGGACGAUAAGGCUGGUUCCUCUCUAGGACU